UUCUUAUGUACUUACGCAUUCUUUCUUCACGUUUGGAUCACGUCUUCUGUAAUUACCUACCGUCUCUUGUUUCGCGAGUUCUUCAACCACGUCUCUUCUUUCGUGAUUAUUUUAUGUUUUGUGUAGGUCAUUCGCAAUUCUCUCACUCCUUUUCUCCUUUAAAAAGCACAUAAAAACUAUGCAAACAAAAAAGUCAUUUACACGUGCUGGGAAAUGAGCAGUAAGCUAUUACGCAAUUCGACAAUGGAUUCUUUGGGAAUCUUUAUAUUGCACAUUUAUCCAGUAUACUACCUUCUCUAGUCCGGUAAUUAAAAACAAUAAUGCGCCAAUAUGCAGUUUGUGAUACUAUUAAUUGUCUAAAACAGUCACCGGAAAGACGGUCAUCCCUUUGUUUGGAGUCAUCUACGCCCAUUAUUGUGUGUAACUCACAAUAAUUAAUAUCAGAAAAUACCUUAGUUAUCAGCUACCUAGAUAAUAAUCUUGUAGGUAGUACAUCAGGGGUGGCCAAACCUUUGAUUUGUGAUAAGUCUACUUGCGUUCAUAAAAAUCUUGUGAUCGAACGUUUUACAAGAGAGAAAUAAGUAAGAAAGUAUUUAUUAAAUAUAAUAGUUUCAAAAUUCGAAUUUUUUUUGUUAAUUUUUGGGUAGAUGUUUUGCACUGCACAUUCUCCACAAGAUUUUCAUACUGGGAGGUGUAAGAUGUAACUGUGAAUAUAGACUCGCAAAGAUCGGUAGAACCAAAAAAUGAUGUUAAGUAUAAACCUACCUCCCUUAGACACGGGAACUUUACAAAACUCAGGGCUUAAUGCCUAGCUUUAAAAAAUAUGUCUAAGUCAAAAAUAUGCCUUUGUAUAUUUGCACAUUUUUCUAAUUAAUUCAUUUAUCACGCGUGGGCUACCUUAAUUACCUUCGCGAUCUACUGGUAGACCACAGUCGACCUCUGGGUCACCCCUGUUGUACAUUGAUUUUAAAUUAGUUAAUUUCUGUUAUUACACGCUCCCACCAUAAUGAACACAAGCUGUUAUAUAAUUCCUUUUAACCUUCAGUUCUAUUAAAACGAUACAACAUGAAAGUUAUUAUCCUUCUAUUGUUAGUAAAAUCAGUGUUAAGUGCCAAUAUUUUGCAUAUUGUACCUCUGGGAACCCGAAGUCAUCAUAUAUGGAAUCGGGUUUUAGCGCUUGGAUUAGUUGAGAAGGGCCACAACGUCACCAUGAUCACUCAUACUAAAGAAAAAGGAAAAUUCGAAAACUUUCAUGUCAUUAUAUUAGAAGGUUUUUUUGAGAAAGUACACGACUCCUUCACUUUGGAUUUUCUAACCGAAACGAAUGAGUUUCUUGACGUAAAGAAAACCUAUGAUUUUUCACUAUAUUCGUGCGAACACGAUUUCUCCACAGAGGGUUUCAGAACAAUAUUGAAUUACCCUAAGGAUUUUAUUUUUGACCUGAUAAUUAUCGAUAUUACCCUGGGGCAAUGUUUCUACCCGUUAAUUGAACGAUUCGGUAAUCCGCCAAUAGUGGCAGUUACACCUUUCAAGUUACCUCCUGUUUUCUCCCACGUUUUUGGAAACCCUUUGCAAGCUGCGUUCGUGCCUUUCUAUAGUACAAAUUACUUAGAUAGGAUGUCCUUUCUACAGAGAAUUAAGAAUUUUGUUCUUACACACUUUGAAGUGUUUUACCGAAAAUACUUUGGCUUGCCCGCCGAGUACAAAUUGGCAAAAAAGUAUUUUGCAGAAGAUAUUCGUCCAUUCGAGGAGGUCGAGAGGAAUAUGUCGAUAUUGAUAACUAGCUAUGAUCCAAUAUUAGAUUUUCCUAUGGCUUUGCCACCGAAUAUAAUACCGGCAGGAGGGCUACAUGUACAACCCGUCAAACCACUACCAGAUGAUCUGAAAAGAAUUGUAGACGACGCAAAACAUGGUUUAAUAGUAUUUACGUUAGGGAGCUAUUUAAGAUCAGACGAUCUUAGCAGCACGAAAAAGUCAGCAAUAUUAAACGCUUUUGCCAAACUUCCUCAGACGAUAUUUUGGAAAUUUGAGAGUGAAAUAGAGAAUUGCCCAAAAAAUGUGAUUGUCCGAAAAUGGUUACCACAGAAUGACCUUUUAGGUAAUCCCAAAGCUAAAUUGCUCAUCACUCAUGGAGGGGCAUUGAGCACUCAAGAAGCGAUGCACCAUGGAGUGCCGCUCAUCGUUAUACCUUUUUUUAUAGAUCAGCACGCUAACGGGGAAAAGCUUGUUGACCGAAAUAUGGGCAAAGUAUUGAGAUAUAAUGAUAUAACUUCAGAAAAUUUAUAUGCUGCGGUUACGGAGGUGACCAGCAACCCCAUGUAUACUAAAAAUAUAAAGCAGUUAUCCCAAAGGUUCAAAGAAGCACCCGAAGGUCCGUUGAAAAGAGCCGUUUAUUGGGUUGAAUAUGUGUUGCGACAUGGAAGCCUGGAGUAUUUAAAUUUGGCUUCCAGAGAUAUGUGGAUAUAUCAAGCUGCAGGUUACGAUGUUAUAUUUGGGCUGCUGUUAGGCAUAUGUCUCAUUUAUGCAUUACUGUCAUUUAUAUUUACAUGUUUUAGAUUUAUCUAUAAUUUAAUAUGCUAAAUUGGAUGUAUAACAUUUUAAUGCUUUAGUAAGAAGUUGUCACCGUAAGGUGGCGUUCAUCAGUAGGUACGUACUGGAAGGGGAGCUAAAAUCGGGUCUACCUUCCCUUCAGUCGGAAAGAUUUGAAAUUUGGUAUGUUAGUUCAGUUUUACGUCCUGAAAAACAUUUUAAGUUUGAGACAUCGUGCUGUUCUGGGAAACGUCGCCAUUCUGUUAAAAUGGCGGUAAAAAUAGCAUUUAGGUUGCUUCCUCCCACAAAGUCCCUAUUACAAAAAUUGUAAAGGACUAAAUUCUCUACAAGUUUUGUCAACUGUAUUAAUCGAAAAAGGUGUGAAAGCAGAGCACGUACCCCCCCUCCUCCUCCUGCUUCCCAUCCGAAAAAAUUCAUACUCAAUUUUUGUGUAUAACUAUGUAACUAACCAAUUUGAAAUUUAAAAGCAUAAAAACAUUGAAAAUUUGUAUUACGUUGAGCCCAUAAUAUUUGACCCUUUCGGUGCCCAUGCUCAUUUUCCAACUAAUUGUGUGUACAGUACAAGCAAUAGAAUCAAUUUAUUGUAUUCCUGGGUUAGGGUUAAUUUAUUUUUACUUAUUUGUUUAACCGGACACCAUACAGAAUAAGAAAAUUCCAAUUCGGAAGAGUUUAACAAAUUAUGUAAAAUUUUGAAAACAAAAAUUGUGGAUGCGAUGAACCAUCGGGUUUCUAUUUAACGCCGUUAUUUUUAAGCCGAAAAUACUAUUUAAGUAAUUAAGCUGGGUACCGUAAGAGAUCAAAUGUGGAUAAUUGUGGGUUGUCCUAAAAAACAUUACUCGGAAGAACUUUUUCUGCACUUUUUCGAUCAUCAUGUCUGAGUAUUUGAGAGCAGAUACAUGCAGCAUACUCAAGCUUGGAUCUAAUAAGCGCAUUAAGGUUAGCAUUGUGUAGAUAUUUGUGAAAUUGAGUGCAUUUCUGAUUAUGAAUCCAAAAAGUUUGUAGCACUCAUUUGUUAGGUAUUCAGUACGUGUAAGUUGAAGUUAAGGUUGGUAUUGAAAAACACAUUUAUCUUAUAAUAAUUAAAAAGUAAAAGAUUUUUCCAUCUAGUAAAUGUUAGGAUCUUACAGUUAUCAAUAUUUUUCAUAAUACAUAUCUGUUAAACUGA